AGAAAUUUGAAAACGUCAAAAAUGAAAAACUAACCACAAAAUAACUGAUAAACGAAUUUGCAACAGGACUUUUGUUGUAAUUCUCGAUUUGGAAUUUAUUUCAAAAAUGUUGAAAUCGAUCAAAUCGUUAUCUAAUAGUCUGCGAAGUUCUUUGACUAUAAGAUCCAUACAGACUUCCACAGCUGUCCAUCAUGAUAGCUUAUUCGUUCACAGAGAUACUCCAGAAGACAACCCAGACAUUCCCUUUGAAUUUACCCCAGAAAACAAAAAGAGGGCCGAGGCUAUUCUUGCCAUUUAUCCUGAAGGCCACAAGAGGGGUGCAAUGAUCCCUUUACUGGACCUUGCCCAGAGACAAUACGGUUGGUUGCCGAUUUCUGCCAUGCAUAAAGUCGCAGAAAUUUUGAAAUUGCCCAAGAUGAGAGUGUACGAAGUUGCUACCUUCUACACUAUGUUCAUGAGAAAACCUACUGGGAAAUAUCACGUACAAGUGUGCACAACAACUCCUUGCUGGUUGAGAGGAUCUGAUCAAAUUCUAGACGCUGUCAAAAAAAACCUCAACCUGGAAGUAGGUGAGACCAGCAAAGAUAUGAUGUGGACCAUCUCUGAGGUAGAAUGCCUAGGAGCCUGUGUGAACGCACCCAUGAUACAAAUCAAUGAUGACUACUAUGAAGAUCUAACUGAGAAGGAUACUGAUGAGAUUUUGAACGACCUGAAAGCUGGGAAGAAACCUGCAGCAGGGCCAAGGAGUGGAAGGUAUGCAUGUGAGCCGAUUGGCGAACCAACUUCUUUGAAGGGCGAGCCCACAGGCCCAGGUUUUGGUGUGAGAGCAGAUUUGUAAAUAAGAGUAAAUUAUCGUUAACCCAAUGUGUGUAUUUCCAUCCUCUUAAAUUAAUAAAAAAUGAGAAC